ACUUUUUUCUUGGUCAACUAAACAUUUUUGCUUUGAAGACAAAAGGAAAAGAAGAUAAUCGGUUAAUAGUACUUGCCACUUGGUGGGAAAUUCAGUUUAAAGUUAGCUCACCUUCUCUGUUCUUUUAGGAUCUCUUCUGACCAGAGACACAGAGAGAAAAGAGGAGAGAGAGACAGAACAGAGAGAGUUUGAGUCGGAGUCGGAUUAAUAAUCGGGUCAUUUGGGUGGGUCCGGAUGGAGGAAAAAUCGGAAACGAGCGGUGUAAAAACGCCGCUCUUCACACCGCUGUUGGGGAGCGGUGGACGCAGUCGCCGACUGAGUCGAAGAAACUCGUACAACUCACUCAGAAAGGACUUCAUUUCGAGGCUCCCUGACAAGGUCCGUGCCGGUGUUGACCCCGAGUCUCCUGACGGCAUUGACUUCUCUCGAACCUCCGCCUUGAACCGAGAGAAGGAGUACUAUGAAGCCCAAUUUGAAACACUUAAAUCCUUUGAGGAGGUUGACGCUGUGGCGGCAGCCGACAGCAUCGAUGAUGAGGAUCUCGAAGAACAAGCACAACAUGAAAGAGCAAUGAAGAUUUCCAACUAUGCCAAUAUUAUUCUCUUGGGACUUAAGAUCUAUGCUACUGUAAAGAGUGGAUCGAUAGCCAUUGCUGCAUCGACUCUAGAUUCUUUGCUCGAUCUCAUGGCUGGUGGAAUACUUUGGUUCACUCACCUUGCAAUGAAGAGCGUCAAUAUCUAUAAAUAUCCUAUCGGAAAAUUGAGGGUGCAGCCUGUUGGCAUAAUUGUCUUUGCUGCUGUCAUGGCUACCCUCGGGUUUCAGGUAUUCAUCCAGGCUUUAGAACAACUAAUAACCGGUAAUGCCACUGAAAAGAUGUCCGCAGAGCAAUUGGCGUGGUUGUACGCUAUCAUGAUAUUUGCCACCGUGGUAAAGCUUGCACUCUGGUUAUACUGCAGGACCUCAGGGAACAAGAUUGUCCGUGCCUACGCCAAGGAUCACUAUUUUGAUGUGGUAACAAACGUGGUAGGAUUAGUGGCUGCUGUUCUUGCUGAUAAGUUUUUGUGGUGGAUUGAUCCUGCUGGUGCUAUUAUCCUUGCUGUAUACACGAUUACAAAUUGGUCCGGAACUGUUCUAGAAAAUGCAGUUUCCCUCGUGGGACAAUCAGCGCCUCCGGAAUUCCUACAAAAACUGACAUACCUUACCAUAAGGCACCCUCAAGUGAAGCGUAUUGACACAGUUCGUGCUUACACAUUUGGUGUUCUUUAUUUUGUAGAGGUUGACAUUGAACUCCCGGAGGAGUUGCCCUUGAAAGAGGCACAUAUCAUUGGAGAGACCCUCCAGAUAAAGCUUGAGAAACUUCCUGAAGUUGAGCGAGCAUUUGUUCACCUUGACUUUGAAUGUGACCACAAACCGGAGCAUUCUGUACUCGUCAAGCUUCCGAACAGUCAGCCCUGAUUCACGAUAUCACAGUUUUCCGUACCGAGGAGGCAAAUGGCGCUGUGGGAAGCCUUUUAACUGUCUUCUGCAAAGGUCAAUCCUAAGUGUUUGAGUUCAUUUGUUGGAAGACGAAGCUGUAUCUGCCGUAAUCUAUAUACUUUCUUGCCUGAAAUGAUUUGCUCUUUCGGCCAGUUCAGUUUAAUAACGGAGGAUAAACUGGGGACCGCACGCCCUUUACAUUAUGGCUCGAUAAAUUAUUGUGGCCUGCACGAGCAGUUCAGUCUUCUAGGAAAGAAAAUCGAGUGGUAGCUCUGUUUUUCUUUCUUUUGCCUUAUUCCUUCUUGCCAUAUAAGCUUUGUAUACGAACAAACAAACGCAAGUCAGAUUUAAGAGUUUCUUGUUUGUCGGU